CGCUGUUCGCUCUUCUCGGGGGCCUGAGCCUUCUUCUGCCCCGUCUGAGGAACCGUGUUCGCCAUGAGUGGUUGCAGCUCCUGACGAAGACAGUGAUUAUUACUGCGUCCUCAAGAGUGUUUGCCACUGUUUACAAGGCAAGAGACAAAACUACAAAUACCAUUGUUGCAAUUAAGAAGAUUAAAGUCGGACACAGAACAGAGGCCAAAGAUGGCAUCAACAGAACAGCUCUCAGAGAGAUUAAGUUGUUGCAAGAGCUAAGCCAUCCAAACAUUAUUGGACUCCUUGAUGCCUUUGGACACAAAUCCAACAUCAGCCUCGUGUUCGACUUCAUGGAGACAGAUCUGGAGGUGAUCAUAAAGGACACUAGUCUUGUACUGACACCAGCCAACAUCAAGGCAUACAUCCUGAUGACCCUGCAGGGACUAGAAUACAUGCACAGUCACUGGAUCCUACACAGAGAUUUAAAGCCCAAUAAUUUACUGUUAGAUGAAAAUGGGGUCCUGAAACUUGCGGAUUUUGGAUUGGCAAAAGCCUUUGGAAGCCCUAAUAGAGUCUAUACGCAUCAAGUAGUGACCAGAUGGUACCGUUCUCCAGAGCUGCUCUUUGGGGCCAGGAUGUAUGGUGUGGGUGUGGACAUGUGGGCUGUGGGCUGCAUCCUUGCAGAACUCCUUCUCAGAGUACCAUUUCUGGCUGGAGAUUCUGACCUGGAUCAAUUGACGAAGAUAUUUGAAGCUUUGGGGACUCCAACAGAAGACACUUGGCCUGGAAUGACCAGUCUUCCAGACUAUGUGUCCUUCAAACUGUUUCCGGGCACACCUUUGGAGCACAUUUUCAGCGCGGCUAGUGACGACCUUCUGGAACUUCUGCGAGGCCUAUUCACCUUUAACCCUUGCACGCGCCUCACAGCCACAAAGGCACUGAAGAUGAGAUAUUUCAGCCAGAGACCAGCCCCCACCCCAGGGCCUCAGCUCCCCCGACCAAACUCUUCAGCUGAAGCUCUGAAAGAAAAAGAAAACCUCACCAUUGGCAUUAAGAGAAAACGUGAUGGUAUUGAACAAGGCACCCUGAAGAAAAAGCUGGUGUUUUAGGCGAGGAGGUUUGGAGAACCUGUCUGCCUUUUGAGCCACGUGACCACUAGUGCUGCUGAAAACCUCCACUGCUAAUAGAUACAGUGGUCAGCCAUUCAUUUAACCAAUGAUUGUGACUGCUGGGACAGACAUAUUUAUGGGAACUCGAAUAGUCAUAUUUUUCAGUUAUUUUUUUACCUGCUGUAAGUAAUUAAAUUAUGAGAAAUGAGGUGUA